CCCCGCUGACAAAAUAUUCCACAUUUCAUCUCCUGCCGUCAGUGGAUUGCAAAUUUACAUAAUUAUAAAAGAAUGUGAACUGACGCUGUGCGCUAUUCAGUUUGAUGCAUUGGAUGUCAUUUGAAGCCGAAGAUGCAAUAAAAAGAUGGGAUCUUGUUUUCUCGUGGCUCGUUCUACUGCAGGGAAGAAUUCUGCUCUCCUUGUGAAUCUCCUGGCAAUUGUUGGAGUUGUUGCAUCACAAGGCUACUUCAAGGAUGACCACGAACAUAAGCUGAUCAAUUCUUUGUUCAAGAGUAAUUACAGCAAAGAAGCUUUACCUGUAGUCAACAAAUCAGAAGCAGUUCAGGUUACGUUUGACCUGGCAUACAGUCAACUUAUAUAUCUGGACAGCAAAAAUCAAAUACUCUCCAGCAAAGUGUGGUUACGACAGAUGUGGACAAACCCAUUCCUCAGAUGGGACCCUGAGAAGCAUGGUGGAAUAGAAUAUAUAAAUGUUGAUCCAAAAUUAAUAUGGAAACCAGACAUCAUUCUAUAUAAUAACAUUGGCUUUGGUGAAACAGGUGCAAUAUAUAAUUUUGACACAAAAGCAACCCUGAAGUACGAUGGAUACACACAAUGGUAUGCUCCAACAGAGAUUCACAGCAUCUGCAAAAUUGACAUCGGCUAUUUCCCCUUUGACCAUCAGAAAUGUAAACUUAAAUUUGGUUCCUGGACUUACACAGAUAAUAAACUCAAUCUUUCUGCUUCGGCCAACAAAGUCACUGCAGACCUCUCCAAGUACACGGUCAGUGGCGAGUGGGAGCUAGUUGAAGCACCUCUAAAGAGGAAUGCCGUCAAGUAUACUUGUUGUAAACAUCCCUACAUCGACAUAACAUACACGAUACACGUCAAGAGAAGAGUUCUCUUCUACAUGAUGAAUCUGAUUGUCCCGUACAUCGUACUUGCUGUCUUGACAGUUUUCUCCUUCUACCUACCACCAGAGUCUGGAGAACGAAUGGGUCUGGUAAUUACAAUCCUACUAGGUCUGACCGUGUUCAUGAUGGUAUUCACCGACAAUGUGCCACGCACCUCGGAAGUAACCCCGCUGAUCGGUAAAUACUCGGUCACAGUCCUUGUUCAGGUCACUUUUGCGCUGCUAGUCACGUGCGGUGUUCUGAGAAUUUAUCACAAAGAUCCCGAAAGGAAGAUGCCUGCCUGGUUCCGCAAGCUGAUCUUUGACAUCUUGGGGCCAAUGCUGCUAGCCACACCUUCUGGUGAACGAAAAAAGUUGAAACAAGAAGACAAGAACAGGAGCUACUACAUGUCGAAAGUACAGGGAAAUCCCUACGAGAUCCAUCGUAGCCAGAACCAUCUUGUUGUGUCAAUUCCAAAGAUCACAGGCAUAAAGGAUGGCGAGGGGGAAACCGAGCGCAAAUGUUUUCACACCUCACCCAUGGGAUCCAAUCUGUCGCUGACGCCCUCGGAUGAGCGUAUGGAAGAGAUUGUGUACGGCAUGCGCGCCAUUGUAUCUCAUCUGAAAGACACUCAAGAGUCUGACGCAAAAGUCAAUGACUGGCAUCACGCAGCCGCAGUUCUAGACAUUGCGUUUUUCUGGAUAACGGCUAUCACCAUCUUAGGCUCGACCCUGGCCUUUUACUUUAUGAUUCCAAACUGACGGUAUGAAGUACAUUGU